GUAUAUGUGUUGCACAAUUGAUUAUUAUUUCUUUUCUUCUUAUUACUAUUAUAAAUUCCAUUUGAUCCUAUUUAUUUUCAUUAUUGAAAUCAGUUACAGCAUUCAUUAUUCAUUGUAGUGAUACGUUCACUUCAGUUCAAUUCAAUUCAUAACAGGAUCUAUUCUGAAUUAACCAUAAGAAUCUUAAUAAUAAUAAUAAAAAAGAAUGGAUGGAAUUAAAAAGAAAAUGAUUGCAAUGAAAUUAGAGAAGGAGAAUGCAAUGGAAAGAGCAGUACAAUAUGAAGAAUUACUUAAAAAGAAAGAAGAAGAACGUGAAAAACGUGAAAGUGAAAUUGCUGAAUUAAAUACUAAAAUGAAACAAGCACAAAUUGAUUGUGAUGAAGUACAAGAAACAUUACAAGAACAAAUGAAUAAAUUAGAGGAAACUGACAAACGUGCUACUAAUGCUGAAGCUGAAGUGGCAGCGAUGACUCGUAGAAUUCGUUUGUUAGAGGAAGAUCUUGAAGUUUCUUCAAGCCGUCUAACUGAAACAUUGACCAAGUUAGAGGAAGCAAGUAAAACUGCAGAGGAAAGUGAACGUGGACGAAAAGACCUUGAGAUUCGUUCGAUUGCUGAUGAUGAGCGGCUUAACCAACUGGAGGAUCAACAAAAAGAAGCCAAGUAUAUUGCCGAGGAUGCAGACCGUAAAUAUGACGAGGCUGCACGUAAAUUAGCUAUUGCAGAAGUUGAUUUUGAGCGUGCGGAAGCUCGUCUCGAAGCUGCAGAAAGCAAAAUAGUAGAAUUGGAAGAGGAACUACGAGUUGUUGGUAAUAACAUGAAGGCUCUUGAAAUUUCCGAACAAGAGUUCGACUAUGUAGAAAUGAGAAUCUUUCUUUGCUCAUUCGUUCUUUAAAGAAAAUUUGACAAUCUAGAUAACUAAAGUGUGUAAUAUGUUUAUUUUAGUUUAAACACUCAUAUGUAUUAACCUGGACAACUGAAUGAUAAAUAUUGUUUAACCUUUGUCAUAUGCUGGGAGUUGAUAUGAUCCGUAAAUUACUCAGAGUUCGACUUUUGUUGAAUUAUCUAUCACAGCCAUCCAGGUCGUUUCAUUUCACCUGAUCUGUGUGUAGAUAUGGUUCGUAAAUUCAUAAAGUAAGCUUCUAUAUAAUUACUAAGCUACGUAGUAGUCACUACCACUGUUCUAGUAUUCAACAUUCUUUUGGGAAUUUUAUACAUAAAAACUGCUUGUUGCUAAGUAAAAUAAUUAUAAUUGCCAUCGCACUGUGAUAAUGUUUGUUGAUUUUCGUUUUAACACUCAAUCGGGAUAGUUAGCUAACUGGUUAAAGCACUCAACUUUUGACCAGCAAGCCACAAGUUUAAACUCAAUUCCACUGCCGUUCUUUUGCCCAGACAGUCACUCACGAAGAAGGCGUUUUCAAAUCCUACCUACUGGUCGUGGAAGUCGAGUGCUAUAAUCACUAAGUUAUACACCUCCAUAUAUUAAUUUCAUUCUUGAUGUAUUUUCACUAUCAUUAAACAUGAUCUCAAGUGCUAUUUGAAGUAUGCAAGCAGUCAUAACUUUUCUAUUGCCCACACCAUCUGAGGAUACUUUCUCUUGAGGUACCUAAAAAAGAAUUGAACUAGUGGCGGUCUUAGCCACUUUGAAGCGUCACCCCAGGGCUCAAGAGACAAUUAUUAUUUUAUUAUUUAUUUGAACACGUAAAUAUUGGUACAAAGGGGCACCGAAUACGUAUUAGCCACACAAGUCACUUGAUUUGUGCCUGUGCUAUGACACCGCCUAGGUUCCCAGACCGAAGCAGGGAAGAGACAAUCGCUUAAGGCCAGUCACACACGGACUUCCUUUAAGUUGUUCUUGGUGUCUUAGCUCUAUACUUUAAAGACAUUACUGCUGGCGACUGAAAUCUAGUGGGUAAGUUGAGGUGUGCUACUUGUAUCAUAAUCUUUAUUAAUCUGAGCUGAUAAUUUGUUACCAUGUGACUAAAAUUAGGCUUUAAAUGGAGUCUAUACUUCACACUGAUCGAUAAGCUAUUCAACAACAUAUAUAAAAUACAUUUCUUAAUGUUCUUAAUGGUAUAAACAUGUAAUAGUUUAAAAUGGGUAUUCUUUGUUUAUAAAUCUCUAUAAUAAUCGUAAUGCGACUCAUUCACCAAGUACAUACUUUUGUACACAGCUUCUACCUGGAUGUUCUAAUCUAUGUAGGUUAACUAAUGUUUAAACUACUGACCUACUGAUUGGAAGUUAAGGUUUUCUAACCAAUAAGUCCCUACUCCUCAAUGAUUAGAUGGUUUUUAGUGGUACUUUUGGGAGAGUUAUGGAUAAUAGCCUAGUAUUUUCCUUGCGUUAGUGAAUCUAUUUGUUAGUUUGUUCUUUAUUUGCUUGAAAAUUAUAUUUCUAGUAGAAUCAGUAAAAUGACAGUAUAGCGUAUGCUGUCAAAAUUAAGUAGAAAACGAAAGUGGUGGUUACCCUUUUAAAAUUCAGCAAAUCACUUUAUUGAAUAUUAAUUUCGCUUUUAUUAGUGAUUUCGUUUUAGAUGGGUUUAGUAAAGUUUUUAAGUAGGAAGUAUGUGACCUGUGGAAUGAGACCAAUCACAAGUGAGGAAGUGGCUGACUAGUAAAAUUUAAAUAUAGUCAUCCUUUGUGUCUCGAAUGAUACUGUGCCUAUCAUAGAAUCCUGUCGUGUAGUGUCAAGGAGGGGAGUGGGUUGUUCGAUAUCCAAUCAACUUAUAAGAAUUCCUCUUCUGGCUUCUCUUCGUAACCAUUACUUACGCACACCUAUUACCUCUUGUGGAGCAUAGAACGCCAGUUAGGAUCCUCUAACCUACUCUGAUCUGGGAUCUCUUUUCCAAUUAUUACCAAGUGCAAUUUAUUUUCAUAUCCGCCUCCAGUUCCAGGCGUAAUGUGUUCUUUGGUCCGUCUUUUUCGCUACUAUCUUCAGGAUUUUAAGUUUGGGCUUGCCUCGUUGUGCAAUUUGAUGGUUUCCGUAAUGCGUACAGCAACUUUUCCUAAUUUUCUCUUCAGCUGGAAGUUGGCUUGUCUUCUUCCACAUUUGGUUGUCGCUGAUGGUGUUUAGUCAGCUGAUUUAGAGUAUCUUGCAUAGACAACUGUUUAUAAAUACCUGUACUUCUUGGACAAUGGUUGUAGUAGUUCUCCAAGUCUUAACUCCAUACAAUAGGAUUGUCUUAGCAUUUGUAUUGAAAAUUCUGACUAAUGUUGCCUGACAGUUCUUUAGUUUUCCAGAUGUUCUUCAAUCAACGGAAUACUGGCCUUGCUCUCCCAAUUUGUAACCAUAGCUAUCUUCAAAUUGGAUAAAUCUUUACAAAACAUUUCAUUCAACUGCUAAUUUAGUUCAUACAAAUCAGGUUGGUUAUUUAUCGUCUUCGAUAUUCACUUGUUCUACUCGACAUUCAUCUACAAGAUAUAUCCCCAUCUCUUUGAAAAUUGAUCCACUUUGAAAAAUUCGAACUCGAACUAGCCGGUUUCGUAAUUUCAUAUCAUAUCCGUUAGCUUGAUGACCAUAUUGAAAAUUCGAUCAACAGAACUCAGUUAGUACUGGUAAACAAAUAAAAUGAUAUUGACUGACUACUGUUCUUGUUCUUAUCUAUUGAUGACAGUUUUUACCUGAUCAAAUGUUUAUAUUUGUUACUGUUGUCUUGUUUUCUAUUCGGAAAAAUGACUUACUGUUUUCUGUCAUCUAGUCAGCCCAACGUGAAGAAAGCUAUGAAGAAACAAUCCGAGAUUUAACAGAACGAUUGAAGGCUGCUGAGCAAAGAGCAACUGAAGCUGAACGUCAAGUAUCUAAACUACAAAAUGAGGUUGAUCAUUUGGAAGAUGACUUACUGGCUGAGAAAGAACGAUACAAAGCUCUUAGCGGUGAACUGGAUCAAACUUUCGCAGAACUCACUGGUUAUUAAUAACAUGCAGUCAGGAUAUUCAUUACCAUUAUCUUCAUUUUCAGAAAACGAGACUGGUCGUAAAGAUAUUAUUAACCUGUUCAAAAAAUUAAAAUUAUAUCUUCAAAUCUGUGCUCUAGAGAGUACUAUUAUGUUAUAUUCAAUUUGCAAUACUUCACUUCUGCAAAAUAUGCUUUUAUUAUUCGUUACUACCUGCACCAACUUCUUUACUGUCAUCUUCCCUCCCCCCACUCACCCUCUUUCAAUCUAAACAAUACGAUUUUAGGCGUUUAUAUAUAGUAGCCUAUCUAAUCACUGCACUAAGCUAACGAAAUCAAUAAAAUCGUUCUCCCACAUGAGAGUUUUUCUUUUUAUCGACAAUUCUAAGAUAAAUAUUAGCUAUUCAAAUUCAUAAAUAUGUAGACAAAAAAUUUGAUUUGAUAUUUCUGAAACCAUAAAUAAAUAUGGGAUUCGAAGUUUUA